UCCUGCCUGCAUUUUAUUUAAUAGAUAUAAUUUAUAAUCUACAUUUUUAUUUUGAAAAUUUUUCCAAUUAUUAAGGCUGCUCUUUUUUGUUUCCCUUAGUCACUAUGUUUUUUAAAGUGCUACGUUAACCGCUUUAACGAUUAAAUUAGUUUUGUAAAGUUAAUUUGUUUAUAAGUAAUAUUUACACGUUUGAUUUUCACAUUAGUUCGUUAUCGUAAUCUUUUGUUUUGCGAACUAUUUUUCUGUUGCGUUUCAAUUUUGAAGUGAAGUGUUAUAACAAACUGCUAAAAUGGGUACUGGUGAUGAAGAAUAUGAUUAUUUAUUUAAAGUGGUUCUUAUUGGAGAUUCAGGUGUAGGUAAAAGUAAUUUAUUGGCUAGAUUUACUCGAAAUGAAUUUAAUUUAGAAUCAAAGUCUACUAUUGGAGUGGAGUUUGCAACAAGAAGCAUCAAAGUCAAUAAGAAAGUUAUUAAAGCCCAAAUUUGGGAUACAGCUGGUCAAGAAAGAUACAGAGCAAUUACAUCAGCAUACUAUCGAGGUGCAGUAGGGGCAUUAUUAGUUUAUGAUAUUGCCAAACAGUUAACUUAUCAAAAUGUGGAACGAUGGUUAAGUGAAUUACGUGAUCAUGCUGAUCAAAAUAUUGUAAUUAUGUUGGUAGGUAAUAAAUCUGAUUUACGUCAUUUAAGAGCUGUGCCAUCCGAUGAAGCUAGAGCAUUUGCAGAAGCCAAUAAUUUAUCAUUUAUUGAAACAUCUGCCCUUGAUUCAACCAAUGUUGAAACUGCUUUUGAGAAUAUUCUCACAGAAAUCCAUCGCAAAGUAUCAGCUCGUCAAAUGGAUAGUAUUGAUGGGGAUGAGAUUGACAAAGUAUGUAUGAAACCAAUUAGGAUAGAUGCAACUACAACUAACACAAAUGAUUCAGCUGCAUUCCAAAUAAAACAGUUCUGCUGUAAUGCAUCUGCUUGAGUUUUUAAUUUGUCUGCCAUUUGAAUAAACAACCUAAAGAUCUUUUUUUACUUUGCAAUAUGGGUUUUUUUUUUUAGUUAAAUUAUUCAAGUUCUAAUUGGCUUCUUAUUGUUGGGGCUCUUUAUUAUUUAAAUACAAAUUAUACUUAUGAUUCUAUAUAUUAUGUUUAAUAUUUUCUAAUUGUUUUAUUAUAUAUAUAUAUAUAUUAUUAUAAUUUUUCUUUUAUAAUAACAAAAUAAUAUAAUAGAUUUCAAAUAUUCAAAUAAUUAUUUUACUCUUAUAAUUGUUUAACAUAAUUAUUUAAAAACUAAAAUUGUUAAAAUGUAGAAAUUCAAGUUUGAAUUUACAGAUUUUUUCUUCAGCAAAUUUAAAUAAUUACGAAAGUAUAUUUAUGUUUAUGAAAAAAAAUUGUUAUCAGAACUAAAUUUUGUUUUAUAUUUCAUCUUCAUUUACAUUUAUUGAUAUUUAUAUUAGUUUCUUUUAAAAUAAACAAAUGUAUUCAGUUUUUA